AAAAAAAAAAAACUGAAAAGUAACCGCGGUAAUUUAUUUUUUUCUCUCUCCUACUUUUCCUUUUCCCCACUCGCUCCCCUCACUUCCGUUUCACUAUUUUCGUUUCAAAUAUUUUCGCCACGCUUCGUCUUCUUCCCCUCGUUUUUUCGUUUCUUCGCUGACACUGACCUAGGGUUUGCUCCUUUCCCAUUUUUCGUUCAAUCUUUCUCAUUUUCCUCGCAUUCUUCCCCAUUCUUCCUCCAUUGUUCAACAUUGUCUUUCAUUUACCGAAAAACCUAACUAAAAGAGAGUGAUUAAAAGAGAACAUUACUUCUGCAACAAAGAACAAGAAAGUGAUUAAAGGUUUUUAGUUUGUGUGGCUGCAAAAAUGAAGAGAAAAGGAUUCAGUAGACGAAAACGAAAAGAAAAGAGUGAUUACAGAAGCGGGCCUCCUGGAACUGCUGGGUAUGGCUUGAUGGAUAGUUCCAGCAGCGAUGAUGUUGUUGAAGUUUCCCCUGCAGAAUUAAAUUGUUUUACCAUCAACUUACACAUUGGUGGGGAACUUGGGGAGUGGGGAUAUCAUAACGGGGAAGUGAAGAGUAGGGUAUAUAACCUUGAUGUCAUUACAAUGGGUAAGUUUGAUAAAUGGGUGGCAAAACUGUUACCCAAGAAGCUUGUUGACUACCAUUGGAAAGAGACAGCCGUAGAAUAUAACGUUGGGAUAAAACCAAUCAGCCAUGAGGAUGAUUUUAUGGAAAUGGCUAGGGCUGGGUCAAAGGCGGGGAGUGUUGAGGUGUACGUUAGGGAGUACUCCGUUGGGGAUGUUAGGAAAUUACAGCCUAAGAGAAGUCCUAGUCCUCCCCCUCCAUCAGCAGUUGUCUUAGAGGAAAUUGAAGAACCGAAGGACAGUUUCAGUUAUCCUAGUCUGGGCCUCGUGUUGAGUCAGGAAAAUUGGGAGAAGCAUGGGGAUCGUGGCUUCAGAAAAAAGGCGCCAGGUGCCAUCAGAAUGGUGCAAAGUCAGGGGCCAGGGGUGAAAACGCAAGGGAGCCAGGGGCCAUGGUUGAGAAGAAGGUCAGCAAGUCAAGGACCACUAAUGAUUGAAGGCCAAUGGGAACCUGAACCCCCCCCUCCGUACACAGCCGUUGGUGAAUCAGAGGUUCGCCAGUGGAUGAAAAAAACUAUGGAAGAUCUGAUGAGGGCGGGGCCUAGUGAGGGGCAAAAUCUAGCUGAGAGGUUUGAGGAGGUGCAAAAUGAGGGGCUGAACGAGGGGCUAAAUGAGGGAGAAAAUCAAAAUCUGAAUGAGGGGCUAAAGGAGGGGCUAAAUGAGGAGCUGAACGAGGGGCAGAAAGAUGGGGUGAGUGAGGGCCAAAUGGAGGGGUCAAACGACGACGAGCAUGGGCAGAUGGGAAUAGAUGAGGUUAGUGAGGGGCUUUAUGAUGGGUUACCUGCUAGUGAUGGGAUGUGGAACGAAGGGGACCUUGGCGAGGUCAAUCAAGAAGCUAAUCAGAGGGGCCCUGCUGCUGAUCUGCAAUGGGAACCUGAGAGGCCAAGUCAGGUUGAGGACCAGUGGCAAAAAUGGGGGAACUUCGAUGAGUUGUUAGAUGGCCUUUCAGCUGAGCUUCGGGUGCUAUUCGACAUGCCCAGUGAAAGAGAGAAGGAUGUUCCUGAGGGAGUUGUAAAUGAAGAACAGAAUGUGCAAGAGGAAGGGGGGCAUGUGGAUGCAGAGCAGAAUGUGGAAGAGGAGGUGGGGCAUGGGGAUGCAGAGCAGAAUGAGGAAGAGGAGGUGGGGCAUGGGGAUGCAGAGCAGAAUGUGGAAGAGGAGGGAGGGCAUGGGGAUGAAGAGCAUAUUGAUGAUUACAUAGUUGACCCCGACUACGAUAUAUGGGAUGAUGACGACGAAUGA